AUGCCACGAAAGCGUAAGUCUAAUCUUUCCCAAAGCUCUAAUAAAGCUCGAACUAUGAAAAUAGCUAGAUUUAACGAGACGUUUCCACAAGCCAAGCUGCGAAGGCUCGAACAUUUAGAGCGUGAGACACCUGAACAGUCUCAAGUGAAUUACAUGGCGUCUCAAAGAGCUACAGAAACCGUUGAAGAUAGGCUAAUUUAA